AUGACCAAGAUGAGCAUAGUGAUAACAUUCUUCCUCAUGGGUCGUCCCCAUGCAUCAGCACUGGACAUCUCCCUCUGGGGAAUCUUCUUGGUGAUUUAUGUACUCACUGUAGUGGGGAACCUCCUCAUCCUGCUGGUGAUCAAGGUGGAUUCCCACCUCCACACCCCCAUGUACUACUUCCUGACCAACCUGUCCUUCAUUGACAUGUGGUUCUCCACCGUCACUGUGCCCAAAAUGCUGAUGACCUUGGCAUCACCAGAAGGCAGGGCCAUCUCCUUUCCCAGCUGUGCGGCCCAGCUCUACUCCUUCCACUUCCUGGGGAGCACUGAGUGUUUCCUCUACAUAGUCAUGUCCUAUGACCACUACCUGGCCAUCAGUCACCCACUCAGGUAUGCCAGCAUGAUGAGUGGGAGGACGUGUGCCCUCCUGGCCACCAGCAGGUGGCUCAGUGGCUCUCUGCACUCUGCUGUCCAGACCAUACCGACAUUCUGUCUGCCCUACUGUGGGCCCAGCCAGAUCCAGCUUUACUUCUGUAUGAUUGAAUGCUGA